UAGGAUAUAUAAUGCAGUGGUUCGCGGUGUUAAAGACAGUUCUUCUUCAUAGGUUUAACUGUUAAAUUGCUCUUAAAGUACUCCGAAUUGAGAUGAUCAAAAUGAUCAAGAUCUAUACGGUACUCUUCGCUUUCAUCGUUCUGCUUGUUAGUACGGCAAAAGCGGCACCAAUCGAAGGAGAUAUUAAAGAAGAAAAGAGUUCCGUUUAUAAUUUUAUGGAUCAAAAAUUAUCAAAAGAAUUAAUGAUUGCUCGUACGAGAUAUAGAAGAGAAACUUGCCAAAUUCCCAUUAUCGGUGACUGGGUUAGCGACAGUGCUUGCGCUGCAGGCUGUAUCGCAAGAGGAAGAGCCGGUGGCCAUUGCAGAAAUGAAAUCUGUCAUUGUCGAGAAGAGAAAAUGUUGGAUCUUCUACGAAAACGAUUCAAUUUCUAGAGAAUAAGUGAGUGGUGAUCGAAAAGAUGAAAAAUAAAUAUUACAAGUUAGUUAUAAUAUCAUUUCAUUUUAAAUACACCGAUUGUUAGAUAAUUAAGACAAUUGUACCUUAUUUAUUCGUUAUUAGAAAAUAUAACUAUUAUUUAUUAUUA